UUCGAUUUUGUGGUUCUUGAUCCGCCAUGGCCCAAUAAGAGCGUACAUCGCUCCGGUCACUACGAAUCUCAGGAUAUUUACGAUCUCUUCAAGAUACCAUUAUCUUCGCUUCUUCGGUCCGACAAUUCCGACAACCCAGCACUCGUAGCAGUAUGGAUCACCAAUAAACCAAAGUUCAAGCGGUUUGUCACUGAUAAGCUAUUUCCGUCUUGGGGCUUGGAAACCGUAGCGGAAUGGCACUGGCUAAAAGUAACCACCGAGGGCGAGCCUGUCAUGCCCUUGGAUUCGCCUCAUCGAAAGCCUUACGAACAACUGGUCAUCGGUCGUUGUAAACAACGUCCUUCUCCGGAUAUACCCCAGACGCGCGUCAUUGUCAGCGUGCCUUGCAAACACCAUUCGCGGAAGCCUCCUCUCAGAGAAAUCAUGAAACCUUAUCUUGGAUCCGAACCGCGUUGUGUCGAGCUAUUUGCCAGGUGUCUUUUGCCUGGAUGGACGAGCUGGGGAAAUGAAUGCUUAAAAUUUCAAAAC